AUGGAUAGUGAGAACCAGCUAGUAGUUUUUGUCGCUGCGGCACAUCAUUUUCUUUCGAUGAUGGCCUUGGUGAUUGAAUCUGCAAAAAGAAAACGGCGUGCUUCUGUAGGAAGGAUUACUUAUGCUCCAAUUGAUGAGAGGGAUAGGAUAAGACUCGUUUAUCUCAAUAGUAAGAUAUGGAGGGAUGAUGUAACUUGUGUGAACAUGCUAAGACUUACUAGGGCAUCAUUCUUCCGUUUUUGUGAACUUUUUAGAAACCGUUGCCUUUUGGAAGACACCAUUCAUAUGUGUGUCGAGCAACAAGUUGGCAUGUUUUUGCACACAAUCGGUCACAAUGUUAGGAAUAGGGUAAUUGCUACCAAUUUUGGUAGGUCUAGUGAAACUGUUAGUCGCUACUUCAACAAAGUAUUGCAUGCUGUUGGGGAGCUACGAAAGGACUACAUUAGGCCACCAUCGUCAGCAACACCAGCUAAAAUUGCAGGGAACCCGAAGUGGGAUCCUUAUUUUAAGGAUUGUAUCGGUGCUAUUGAUGGUACACAUGUACGAGCCACAGUUCCUAAGGCAAUGGAGGCUGCCUUCCGUGGUAGGAAAAGUCAUCCUACCCAAAAUGUAAUGGCAGCCAUUGAUUUUGAUCUUCGAUUUACAUUUGUCUUGGCCGGAUGGGAGGGGACAGCCCAUGAUGCGUAUAUUUUACGGAAUGCUUUAGAACGACAAAAUGGUCUCCGUGUCCCACAAGGCAAGUUCUACCUAGUGGAUGCCGGAUAUGGAGCUAAACCAGGAUUUUUGCCGCCUUACCGUGGUGUGCGGUAUCACUUAAAUGAGUGGGGCAACAAUCCUGUGCAAAAUGAGAAAGAAUUGUUCAACCGUAGGCAUGCAUCUCUCCGCCAAACAGUAGAACGCGGUUUUGGGUCAUUGAAGAGAAGGUUCAAGAUUCUUGAUGAUGCUACUCCACAUUUUCCUUUUCCUACGCAAGUUGAAAUUGUUGUUGCUUGCUGCAUUGUUCACAACUGGGUUAUAGAUGAUGGGGGUGAUGAGAUUAUAAUUCCAGAGGAUGAGGAAGUGCCUACUAUUAGCCACGAAAGAUCAUCACAUGGGCAAACUGUUGAACAUGCCUUUAUGUCCAAAAGUGCUGCUGGGCAAACAGUUUGGACAGCAAGCCAGUCAACCUUUGUGCACACUUUUCUUGCAAACUUUAUAGAAGAGGGCCUCAAAACAUCUACUGGUUUCAAGAAAGUCCAUCUCAACAAGUGUGCUGAGGCUUUGAAUGAAAAGUUUAAACUUAAUAGGACAGGUGAUCAUAUUGGUAAUCACUUGAAGACAUUGAGGAGAAGGUAUGUCAAAAUCAACCAACUUAGAAGUUUGAGUGGUGCACUUUGGGAUGAAGAGCAAUACAUCAUUUCUCUUGAUCAUGAGCAUUACCGGAACCAUUUUGAGAAUCCUAAAAACAAGGGUGAUGAUGAAUACAUUAACAAGCCUUUGCCUUACUAUGGGAAUCUAGCAACAAUAUUUGGCAACAGUGUUGCUACAGGGCAGUUUGCAAAGAGCUCAAAUGAACCUCUUGGUGUAGAUGCGGAUUGCACUGCUGAAAAUGAUGAUAAUGGGGCUGCUACAGUGAUGACAAAUGGACAGGCACAAAGUGAUGUAAAUGAUGCCAAUGGGGCAUCAUGUAGUGCUGCCACUAGACCAUACAAGAAAGCCAAGGUUGUGGAGGCUGCAAACGAGAGUUUGGCUGCAGUUUUGGAGCGUAGCACUCAAACAUUAGCCAACGCCAUCAAGGAAGCUGCUGUAGCAAACCGUGCUUUACCGGAAGGAUUGUUUAGCAUUGUGGACAAUCUUCCAGGUUUUGAGAUUCAAGACAAGUCAAGGUACUUUGCUCACUUGGUGGCUAAUCCUGAUACUGCUAGAGCCUUUGCCGAGCUGCCACUGUUGUACAAGAUCAGUUGGAUGACCAUGUUUAUUAAUGCGAACUUCUAG